AUGGACGGUGCCUCGGGCUCUGGCCAGAUGAAGGUUUUUCUAGUGCUAGGAGGGCUGCCUCUCCUGUUUUCUCUGAUUUGGAUUUGCUCUGGAGAAGAACCUUCAGUGUAUGUCCGAUGCAACCCUUCUUUGUUCCUGGUCAGAAUUAAGCCGACUGCCUUUGACGAGGAUCUGUUUGUGAGUCCCAAUGACGUGUUUCUGGGAAAUCAAUGUCCUGUAACCUCAGUGCAUCAAGGACUUUAUGAGUUUCUAUACCAUCCCAGUGAUUGUGGCAUCAGGACUGAGGUUCUUCCAGGGAACUGGCUCCUUUUUGAAUCUAGAAUCACCUUUAUGUCAGUGUUUGCAGAAUUCGAAGCUUCAAUACUUGUGUUCUGUGCUGUUCCCGGUCAUGUAGCUCCUAUAAAAAUCAACGGAUAUAAUGCAGAUAAACAGAGUGGCCCCCCAAGAAGUUCAGGAAUAGCAAAUUUACCCAAUGGAAAUGCAAUCAACUGGGAACUUAAGAACAACGAUCACUACUUUAAAAAUUUCAUGGCUCUCUUUCUCCACUUGAGAAUUUGGAAGCUAGAUACAAGUCCCUGAAGUUGUGACUGUAGGAGGAUGACAUGUUACAAGCUACCUACUGCCUAAGGAUCCCACUGAUCUCACAUUUUUAAAACUUUUAAAAUGAUUUGAUUUUUAGUGAAAAGGUAGUUUGUUCUUUUAUAAUCCCUUGUUAAGAAAGGUCUGCCUCUGUUUUUAACUUCAUC